AUGGACGUUGCCACGCUCGUGGCGCAGAUGAACGAGGCCCUCGCGUCGAUCCACUCGACGAUUGAGGGUCUGUCAACAUUUGCAGCGGAGAGCGACACAAAGCUCGACGAGCUCGAGCAGAAGCGUGACAUGACGCUCGCGGAGCUGAAAGCAGCCUACGAAAAAGAGCGAGAAGAGCUCGCGGCCGCGCACCAGAAGGAGCUCGAAGACAUUGCCGAGCAAAGGCGAAAAGAAGACGAAGAGCGGGAGGCCCGUCGCCGGCGGGAAGAUGAGGAGCUCGCGGCCCGCAAGGCCAAGGAGGACGAAGAGAAGCAAGGCACUUUUGAUACCACUACCCGUAAUGUCGAAGACGAAAUGGACGACCUCAUGGACAGCAUUGAGGAAGAGACGGCCAAGACGAUUUCUGAGGGCGAAGCAAAGUUGGCAGAACUCGAGGCGAAGAGAACGGAACUCAACCGCAUGAUCGAGGAGCAGAUGAAGGCCGCGGUGCCUCCCGUCCCGACGCGAAAACGCGCGAGAACAGGGCGGCGAUCCGGUGCCGCACUAUCCGCGGAACCGUCUCCGUUACCUCCGCCCGAAACCCCAGCCCAACCGGCUGCAGGGGACAAGAGCGUAGACGAGGAGAAGCCCGCCGAGAACGGUGCGGCGCCCGAAGAGAAGGCCGAGGAUACCGCUCCCGAGCCGCCGGCCGAUGCGCCGGUCGAGGAAGAUAAGACUCCCGAAGGUGAUAACUCCCAGCCACAACCCGAAGAACCUGUGGCUGAAAAGAGCUUGGAGGAUGCCACUAGCACCGAGGAGGCACAGCCUGCCGAGGAGGAGACGGCACCGGCCCCCGGAGCUGAAGCUGAAGCUGAGGCCGAGGCCGAGAAGGCUCCUGAGGACGAGCCUGUCGCAGAGGCGGCCGCACCAGAAGAGGCUUCCGAGCCCGCGCCCACGGAAAAUGAGAAGGAGGAGGCCGCCGCGAGCGCAGCUGUUCCCGAGGACAGCCAAGUGAGCGCCCCGGCUAAUAGCGGGGAAGCUUCUGCAGAGGCUCCUGCUGAAGCCCAAGAUGCCGCUGCCGACGACGAGAAGCAUGAUACGGUCGAGGUCAGGGGCUUGGCUGUAGAGACCCCGGAAACAGCGCCUGUCGAGGAGGCUUCUGCUGCUGAGGAGCCUACUACCGAAGAGCCAGCAACAGAAGAGCCUGCGGCAACCGAGGAGCCUGCGACAGCAGAUCAAGCCGAUGAUACCCCUCCACCAGAAGAGCCUGCGGAUGAGCCUUUGACCGAAGAAGCUCCGUCUGCUGGAGAAAGUCCUGCCCCAGAAGAAGCUCUCAUCGCCGAGGAUGCUCCCGCCGCUGAUGAGCCAGGAACAGAGCAGCUUGCUGUGGACGAGACUCCUGUUGAAGAUACUCCAGCGGAGGACAAGGAGAUUCCCGACGAUGCGGCUGUGAAGGAAGGCACUGUUGCGGAUGAGGCGCCUGCUGUUGAAGAGACACCUGCUGCUGAAGACGCCCCCGCUAUCGUCAACGCUCCCGCAGAAGACACUCCCGCCACGUCAGAAGAGCCCGCCGAAGAGCCAUCUACCGAAGAGCCAACCACAGAGGACCCUGCAGUGGAAGAGACCCCCGCCGAAGACAGUCCGGCUGAGGACAAGAAAGCUUCCGAAGAGGCGGCUGGUGAGGAAGACACUGUUGCAGAUGAGGCUCCCGCCGCCGAAGAGUCAGCAGCAGAAGCUGCUUCAACUGAGGAGGCUCCGAUAGAUGAAGCCCCGACAGAAGCAAUUCCGGUGGAAGAAACCCAGGCAGAGGAACCGGCAGAAGAACCCACAGUGGAAGAGGCUGCAGCUAUUAGGGAUCUGGCAGCUGAGGAGCCUCCUGUGGAUGAACUACCUCAAGAUGAUGCACCCGCUGUCGAGAAGGCUUCGACAGAGGAAACCCUAGCUGCAGAAGCAACCUCACAGGAACCAGCUGCCGACGAGGAGGCCCCGGCCGUAGAGGCUUCAGCCGAGGAACCUCCAAAGGAAGAUGUCGCCGCUGACGAGGCCCCCUCCGAAGAAUCUCUUAAUGAGGAAGCCUCCGAUGUAGUCCAAGCAGCGCCGGACGCCCCGGAAGAUGAUGCCUCCAAGGAGGUGCCUAUCGCCGAGGAUGCAUCCGCUGAAGAGCCAAUCGCUGAAGAAGCUGCGCCAGGUGCCGAACUUGAGGACUCUGCACCGGCGGAGGAACCCAAGGCAUCCGAAGACAGUAUCUCUGCGAAGGAACCUGCGGCAACUGAGGCCGAUGUUCCCAGCCACAACGACGCGUCUGCCGAGCCCGUUGAACCCGCUGACGAAGCGAUCAAGAAUCCUGAGGAGGAGACGACACCUGUUGAAGCUGCUUCUCACGAGUCAGCACCUGACGCAAGUGAAGAUGCGGCUGAGCCAGAAGAAGUCGUGGCAAAGGAUGCCCUAGUUAACGAAGCCACGCCUGAAACGAGCCCCGAUAGUGCGGAAGAUGAUACCCCAAAGCAAGCAGGCGAAGAGGCUGAAGAUACGGGUGCCGACGAGGUUCCAGGGGAGAGAUCAUUGCCCGAGUUCUCGAUGAAGGCUGUCGAGGAUGACUCGGUCGCAGAGGAAGCUCAGGCUCCAGAUAGCAGCGACCCCGUCGAAGAGGAAGCUGCACCCGAGGCGGACCAGGCCGAGGAAGAUGCGUCUCCGGAGGUCGAUUCUAAGGCUGUUGAAGUAGAGCCAAGUCAAGAAGAGCCCACGUCUCAGGAGGAGGAUGCGCCGCCUCAAGCUGAGAAGACGACUCCUGAUGAAGAUUCAGCCACCGAGGAGCCAGCUCAAGGUGAAGCCGUCUCACCAGAGGACGCUGGUUCUGUGGAGGCUGCGACCACAUCAGCAGAAGAUGGAGCGGCCGAAACUGCAGAGCCGAGUGAGGAACCACCCGAGGUUGCACCUGUGACCGAGGACGCGAAGGAAAUGGAAACUCCUGUUGAUGCAGCACCUGAAGAACAAGAAGAAGCUCAUGCUCAGGAUGGGGCAGCUGCUGCAGACAUCGGAGCAACAGACGGUAGCUCUGCUGAAGACGAGACUUCCACCAGUGAGAAGGCUACCCUUGAAGAAGAGGCGGCGGAUGCUACUCCCAGCCAUGAUGAGGUUCCUGGUUCAGAGGAGAUUGGGCCUGAGCAGAAACCAACUCUCGAAGAGACUCCUGUCGAUGAGGCUUCAACUGAAGCAAUGCCCGUCGAAAAAGUGGAUUCAGCAGAAGACAAGCCCGAGCCAGAAGCUGACGCACCUGCUCCGGAGCAAGCUGCCGACGAGGUGACGACCAAUGCAGCGACUGUCCAACCGGUAGUUGACGAGCAGGUUGCCGAGGAGAACCCUGUUGAGGCAGCUGCCGUGGAUGACCCCGAGGUCGCCCAGGAUGUGACUCCCACUGAGGCAGCGGAUGAGCCUACCGAUUCAGGUCAUGCCGUGCCCGAGGUAGCUACCGCUGAAGAUCAGCCAGUCGCCGAGUCUGAGGAACCUGCAGCUCAAGAUACCACAACUGUUCACGAUGAAGCUACAGUUGAAGAAGACAAAGAAAUUGCCCGCGCCUCUCCGGAAGGCGAGCCUAUCAAGGACAAUCUCACAGCCGAGGAGGAUGCACCUGCUGAAGAGCCAAGCACCGAAGCACCGGCCACUGCGGACGUCGAGGUCCAUGAUGCCAACGAGGAUCAAGCCGAAGAAACCGCCCCAGUCACGGAUGCAGAUACAGUGGCAGCCAAGGAAAUCGACGAGCCUGCGGUGUCCCCCACAGUUGACGCUGUUGAAGCUCAGCCCGACCCUGAAGAGACACAAGCCGAAGUCAGUGAAGCACCCCCGACAACCCAAGAGGAGGAAGAGCCUGAGCCAACCACUGCCAGCAAAGAUCUUGACGAUGGAAAUUCCGAACACCGGGACGCUUCAGAUCCGCCAGAAGAACAACUCGCUGGUGGUAUCGUUGACGCAGCUGCGGACGAUUCCACUGCUGGACCUUCUGACGCCACCGCCGACGCCCCUGCCGACUCUGACUUGACGGAGGCUGUUGCUGCUGAUGAAGUUGCGGCGCAAGCUGCUGACUCAGAGGGUCACGUCGAGGAUGAGAAGGUUGAGGUUCACUCAAUUCCAGCUGAGCAUGGUUCAAAGGAAAAUACUCCUGCAGCCCCUGAUGCCUCUCCAAAUGAGUCUGUCGCUAUCGAGGCACAUGACUCUGUUGCUGGCGAUGUCCAUGCCGAUGCCGAAGAACCCCAGUCUUCUGCUGUUGAUGAUGACAAGGAGGAGUUCGAACACGCCGAGGUUACUCUGCGGUCGGCGGAGGAGGCAGCUCCUCAAGCGGAUAGCCCCGCACCUAUUGAAGAAGAGGCAGCGGCGACGGCAAGCGACGAAGCACCCACUACAGGUGUAUCGAACGAGCAUGGCUCUGUGAAAGAGGACCCAGCCAUUUCGGGCGACCCCAAACCAGAUGAGCAAGACAAGGAUCUCGAGGACUCGCAAGUCGUCGAUAGCCAAACAGAUGUCGCCCCAGAGACAGUCCACGGAGAUGAAGGUGAAGUAGACGUUCACGAGCGUAGCGUCUCUCCUGGGGAGCCCGAAUCACCGCCUGCCGAAGUCCAUGAUGUCAGUCAAUCCGGAGACCACCAUGAGCACAACGACGACGACCACGACGCUGAUGCGGCAAUGAAGGCUUCACCUGGUCAUGGAUUCGACGUGGAAAAUGAUAUCACUCAGCAUGACUCCGAUCAUGGCGAAUUCGAAAUUGUCGAGACGCCUCACGAUGAGGCUGGCGCCAAUGAGGCUGAUCAGUCUCGUGGGCCCGAUCUUUCCGUGAUCACUGAACACACUGAGCCUGCUGCAUCCGCAGCCGGCGACACCUCUGGUUUAGCUGCAAAGACCGACGAAGAUGUCCAUCCCGAGUCUCUCAGCCGGAAUGUCUCUGAAGCCCCGGACGCAGCUAUCGAGAGUUCUUAUAUGACUGAGCCCAAGGGCAUGGUUACGGACGAUAGCCACGUUCAAGAUCAACAACAAGAGAGCUCUACGCCUGGUGCUACGUUCUAUGACGGCCACUUUGGAGUCAGACAGGUUCACUUCAACGAAGAGGAAGAUGACGGCGAUUCUUCUCCAGUUCUCAGUGUUAGAGACGAGGACAGCGAUGCCGAUGAGCCUGCAGAGACCUCUUACAACCCGUUCACCAGGGCCAGAGCUGGUUCCACAGCCCACGCGCAGCCGACGUUUCAUUCGCAAGACAUACCGUACAAUCCUUUUGCAUUGCAGACGGUGGUCGAGGAAGAGCCUCCCCGGGAGACUACCAACCCGUUCGCAAGGAGCCCAAGCAGAGAGCCUCAGGAGGACUCGACCAACCCGUUUGCACGCAGCACGCCCACUGGUGCAGAUUUCCUGCGGUCCGCGAGCGCUUUAAGUAACCAUCAGCCUUCUUCUCCCGAAGAGACAUUCGCUCGAUCUCCUAGUGCUCAAGGACUCCGCCGUGAUAGCGUGAGCUCCAGUAAUCCCUUUGCUAGAAGUACGACUCCAAUCGAUCGAAGCUUUUCACCAGCCCUGAGCACUCCCGGGCGACAACGCGCACCAAGCAACCCGUUCGCUCGGAGCACGACACCGCAGCAGAGCUACCCACUGGCAGAAGAGAGCGACUCCGAGGAUGAGGAGGCCAUGAUGGCGGCAGAGUCCACGUACAAGAACCUUUUCCCUGUCAAUCAAUCACCCGAAGUUGCCAAUGACGGCUUCGCCUCCGCAGCCCAGUCAAUCGAGCGCCGGCAGCCCACGCCGCAGGUCCCCGAGUCAAUGUACAACAAUCCCUUCGCCCGAAGCACUGCGUCUGACCAGAGCUUCCUGCCCACCGCGAGCACUUUGGGACAAGCUCAGCCUGAUGCCGCUUACAACCCAUUCGGCGCCAGGAGUAGCACUGUCGGUGGUGACGUUGAUGAGUCCAUGUUCGACCAAGGCUAUCCUUCCGUCGUUGGAGGGCACGACGUCGUGGGUCAAGGGAUGAUGGAUCCUUCCCAGCAGUUUGUUCAAGAGAACAGCCCUUUGUCGGCCAAGCACCUUGCUCCAGCCACUCUGGAUAGCAUCCAAGAGCGAUACAACAGUGAACUAGAGGAUAUGGAUUCCGACUCUGAGGAGCCAGAAAGUCUGACCACCUCCCAGCAGUUGCCAGCUUCGCAACAGCGAGCUCCUCCUCCUCUGCCAAGCAUCGCAGAGCGUUCCCGUCAAGGGCUCGACGGCUCUUCUGAAGAAGAGGAGGACUGGGAUGCUCGCGCUCCUCAGCCCAGCCAGAUCAAUACUUUGUUGACAUCUUCCCCGUACAGAUCAAGCCCCCCUCCCCCUCCGCGUGUCUCUAGCUCACAGGGUCACUAUGCGCAAGAAGUUGAAGACUCAUCUGAGGACGACGGCGACAUCUUCCACGCGCAAUCUCCAGCACGGCUGAAUCCCCUCUCAUCAUCGCAGUACAGGGCAACCCCGCCAGCUCCUCCACCACCGCGCGCGCCAAGUUCACAGGGUUACUAUGGUCAGCAUCAACUAGAAGACUCCUCGGAAGAGGAGCAAGCCGACUGGGAUGACGCCUUCGAGCCCAUGCAGCCCAGCACAUUCCCGACCUCGCAGUUCGGAUCUACUCCCCCGCGUCCACCUCCGAUUCCACCACCCCGUGCCCCCAGUUCCCUGUCACAGAGCCGCUACAACAUUGAAGACUCAGACGAGGAAGAUCAAGGUGUCUUGCCCCCUGCCGCUGUCCAGUCCAAUCUUCUGCCCAGUGCGCUCUCACCAUCUGGUUAUCGGGCGACUCCGCCGCCACCACCACCGCCGCGUGUCCCCAGCUCUCAAGGCUUCUAUCAUCAAGAGCAAGCGGACUCAAGUGAGGACGAACACCCCUUUAGCCACGACAUUGCUCGACCUGGUCAGUUCCCCAUUUCAUCAUCAUCUCAAUUUAGGGCUACACCGCCCCCGCCCCCGCCUCCGCGGGUAUCAAGCUCUCGGGGUCAAUACCGCCAGGAGAUUGAGGAUUCCAGUGACAAACAGAACGAGGAUGCUUGGGAUUCGAAUGCCGCUCGGCCCGGUCAGAUGCCAAAUCUAUCGACGUCGCAGUUCAGGGCGACCCCGCCUCCGCCUCCGCCUCCGCGCACAUCCAGCGCACUGGGUCGUUACCGUCAUGAACUCGAAGAUUCCGACAGCGAGGAGAAUGAGGAGGCAUGGGAAGCUAAUCGAUAUGGCCAGACAACGAGCAUGAUGGGAGAAAGCAACCUGAUGGGGACCAACCAGAUGGGAGUCGACCCGACGAGAUCAGCAAGCCCGCUGGGCGCGAGUCCGAUGAGAGCCGUCAGCCCACUGCAAGCGACGAGCCCGUUGGCGGCGACCAACCCGAUGAGGGCUUCCAGUCCCUUGGCCUCGACAAGUCCGUUGAGGUCAGCCAGCCCGAUGACGCAGAGCAACCCGAUGGAGUCAGCUUUCAGGGACUCGGUGCCGGCAACAAGCAGUCAGGGCCUACAAAGUCAUCAAAGAGAAGAAGGAGGGGAAGAAAGCGAUGAUUCAUGGGAGAACAUUGGGAAGCGCGGCGGUGAUGAGAUCAGCCCAGUCGACGAGAGGUUCAGCACCGCCAUGCCGACACCACAGCUGCGCGUCGAUAGCUACGAGCAGCAGUGGCCGAACGCGAGCAACGACCAGAUUUCCACGGCAUCGACAUACCUCCAGCCAGCAGGACCAGGUGACUUUACGGAUUCUGACUCACAAGAGUACGCCACUCCGUUGGCAUCGGCCGGGUUCAGCGCGUCUUCGCAGUAUACGCAAGGGGCCAUGGGCUCGCCCCGUCACCCGGAUUCCAUCGGCAACAAGGACAUCUACGACCAGACUUACAACCGAGGAGGAGCAAUGUCUCCGUAUGCUCAAGCUCAUGAGACUUCACUCGCCGACGAGCUUGCUCAGGAUGACGACUCCGACGAUGAUAGCGAGUAUGACCACUCGGAAGCCCCAGCAUUCCUCACCCAGAUCGGCACUGCGCAGCAACUGCAGCAGCAGCAGCAGCAGCAGCAGCAACAGUCAUCAGACGAGCCUGUGUUAACGCAACUUAUCGACUCGUUCGGCAGCGAUGAAGAUGAUGGCCCAAAGACUGCGGUCAUGCAGCCGGCUGAGCACCCCACACAAUAUGCCUCUUCCCGUUUUGGAGCUUCAACUUGGCGGGAUGAGCUUCGCUCGCCCACCAUGUUCGGUGCUACAAGGCACAGCCGCUCUGGGUCUCUGUUGAGGGAGGAGGUGCAGAAAUCACUUCACCGAGAAGCCUCUGCUGGUCUUUCUUCUCCUCUGCGGUCCGCUUACGAGCCUAAUACCCAGGUUGAAGAAUCAUAUGGCGGACAGCAAGCUCAAAUGCAUGGCCAGGACGUUUAUGGACAACAGUCAGCCGAGUAUCACGCGCAAGACGCCCUUGCCCAGCAGCAAUACGGUCAAGGUCAGUUUGAUCAAGACCAAUUCGACGCCCAAUCCUAUGGACAAGCACAACUUCAGCCACAGUACGGACAAACAACUUCGUGGCAGCCCGAAGUGCAAGUCUCCGAGGUACAGGCGGAAGAGGAACAUGAGCAGACAACUCCGCAGUUGGCACCACAGCAAAGUGAGCAAGCACCGGACAUCAGCCCCUUAGCGUUGCGUCAGGAGGAGUCACCGGCGACACCCUCGGCGUCGUCGCAGUCUACACCCUCUCGUGGACUUGCGUUCAGCAGGCAUAAUCCUGACCGGCCACAGACACCGCCCACUAUGCAAGCCGAAGCAGAUUUUGAUCCCGAGCUCAUGGUCCCGCGCGAUGUGACCAACGUCCCCUGGCACGCUCGCAACGACUCGGUUCCUCACUCGAUGCGAAGCCAGAGUACCCUCGACUCCGUGGCGUCGUCACCGAUUCAUUCGGCGUUGCACGCUGACAAGCACGAGCCGGUCAUUCGGGACUCGUGGCCGGCUUCUGUUCAUCACUUGACGAGGCCGCGCAACGACUCUUCUCUCACCGACCGCGAGGAAUAUGAUCCGUUCAGAGAUAGUGAGGAGGCGGCGAAGGCAGCCCGUGCACCAUCCGGCUCCGUAGGCUCCAGUUCAGACAGCCCUCCGCGGAACGCGGCUGCUACGAACAACAACUCACCUGGAAGUCUGAUCAGCAGAAUGCGCGGCAUCUUUGAGAACAACCAAACCAAGCAAGAGCCGGCCAGUCCAGUCCGAUCACGGCCGGUGUCGGGUGUUUUUCACCCCGUCCGGCGCAGCAAGCCCGGGGGCGAUGACGUCGAGGACCGUGGAUACGACCGCAAAGCAGGGUUUCUCAACGAAGCCGAAGACGAGGCUGACGAGCAGAGCGCACUCCUACGAAGCUCUGCUGGCGGGGUGAAGCGGGACGCCGAGUACAAUGAGUGGGAAGAGGACGUGAACAUGGAGGAGCCGGGCGACCGGCAUCGUCCGAAGCGACGCAAGUACCGCAGAGACCCGAGCGGCUUGCGAGUCCCGGUCCCUUGGAACCCCGAAGAGAAGGAAAGAGGCGGCGUCCCCGUGGAGCCCUCUGGCGAGAGCGUUUUUCGUCUGGCGUGGUUGUUUGUAGAGGGGUGGAGGCAGAAGCUCCGGAAGGCCGGGGACAUGGUUGAGAAGACGCGGUGGGAGUGGGAGCUUGACGGGACUGCUACUGUCUGUACGCAUAGUCGCGCGUCGAGCUUGACGUUUGGUAUGGUGAUUGCGGACGCUCGUUUGCGCGUGCCGGAGGAGUUGGGCAUGAAGAAGAAGCAGAGAAAGUCGGUGCAUUGGGCGUAG